AUGGAAACCACAGACGUUCUCAUCGUCGGAGCCGGGCCUAGCGGCCUCGUCCUGGGAGCCCUUUUGGGGCGCAUGGGGGUGAAGGUUGUCAUUCUUGAGAAAGAUUUGGAAGUCUGUGAGGACCCUCGUGGCAUCGUGGUCAAUGGCGAUGCGAUCCGAAUUUCAUACCAGGUCGGAAUUGGGGAAGGAUUGACCCAAAGGAUUGGUAGUGAUAUGGGCGCACUCAAUUUCCAUGGGGGAGAUUUCCGCAAGCGACCUUUCAUGAUUUUCGACUUGAUGCCCGACUGGGCGGAGCAAUCGCUUUCUCAGAAUGUCACCCAGUUCCAACCAAACUAUGAACGCGAGAUUCGAGCACUUCUCAAGACCGUUCCGGCUUGCGAUCUCCGCGUUGGCUGCGAAGUUCUCAGUCGCACAGAGAACGAGGAUCACACAAUCAUCGAAUACCACACUACCGACGGCGCGAUUCAAACCAUUCGAACAUCUUGGCUAGUGGGUGCUGAUGGAAAGCGCGGUAUUGAGAGAAAGCGGUUCCUUGAACCGGAAGGAAUCAAACAGGUGGAUGCCGUUUGGCCAUACGUUGGCACUUGGAUCGCAAUCAACCUGGAGGUUGAUCUGCCCACUCCGAAGACGCACCCGGACUUCCCUCUGUGGAAAUUAGGAUAUACGCCAGAACAGGUGCAUAGCAAGUUCUGGCCCAAAGGUUUCCACUUCUGUAAUGAUCCUCGUCGACCCGCAGUCAGCGGAAGAUUUGGACCCAAAGGCGCCCGGUUCUGGAGACACGAGUACUCUAUUGGAAACGAGCAGGAGCCAGAGGACUGUGAGCAAGACUUCUGGAAUCAGUUUGGACCUUGGAUGGAUCUUCCAGGUGCUCAAUUCUCGUCAGAACUGAAAGGAGUGACCGUCUCAUACCCAAGAGGUUGUAUCAAGGUACUUCGCUGCCGUCCCUUCAGAUUUGCGACCAAGGUCGUCAACCGAUGGUACUGCCGCCAAACCAUGCUCAUCGGCGACGCCGCCCACGUCUUCCCUCCCUUCGGCGGACAAGGAAUCGCAACUGGUAUUCGAGACGCCCAAGGCCUCGGCUGGCGUCUAUCUAUGAUGAUUCGUCUCGGGGUAGCGGGCGCAUGCCGCGAACGUAUCUUACAAGGCUGGAGCCAAGAGCGCCGUCAUGCCUGGGAAGCCGCUACACUGUCUACCAAGCUCAACGGCUCCAUCGCCAAUAUGGGUUUCGGGUGGCGUGAAAGUCUGUACAGAUUCUGCAUGCGUGUGCUCUGGUUCCUACCAGGUGGCGCCAAGAUGCGCACUCGUCGGGCGUUCAAGGAUAAAUUGAUCUACAACUCCACAACUUGCCCUGAUGGAUUCUUCUUACAAUCUGCGGGUGGUGGUCAAAAGAUCGCACAGGUCUGGGUACAGCAACCAGGGAAAGACCUGCCCCAGCUGUCUGAUGAGGUAAUUUUGCGAGACCGGUCUCGCAUCGCUGUCUUGGUGUUGGUCAAGAAAGCUUCAGACUUUGAUCCUCUAGCCGUGGAAUCCGCAAUUGAGGACCUGAAAGUGCCCGGUCAUCUGCUGGGCGCAGAAAAUAUUACCUACGUCAACUUGACAGGGACUGGUCUAGCGAGCAAGAAUGGGGUGACCGCAUGGAGCACUUGUUCAAAGGAAACUUUAGAACAAGUAGACAUUACCCCUGUCCAUGAGUACAACAAAGAUGCCCUCGAAAAGCGCGUACCAUCUUCCGCCAAAUACGUUAUCCUGCGCCCUGACUUCUUCAUUCACUCAGUUGCAUCUGACCUUGGCAGAUUGAAGGGCAAUCUGCAGCAAGUGAAGGAAUACUUCGGGGUUUGA